UGUGGCUCUGGGUCGCGUUCCACUCGCUCUACUCUCGCUCUCUCUCGGGCUCCCUACCCCUCGCUGUCUCUCGGGCUCCCUACCCCUCGCUCUAUCUCCUGCAGAGGCUUUCUGUUCUCUGAUCUAACCACACACUUCAAGUCUCCAAUUCAACUAGUUUUUGGCUCUCCUCAUUAACUUUUCUUUUUAACCGUGGAUAUUAUUAUUGAUAAGCUAUACUUGGGAGAUAGAAGUGUUUUGUUUUCUCUACGUAGAAAGAAUGGCCCAAACAUGGUGUGACGUGUUUCCCUUCAAAGACUUUGAGCUGUCCUCCUACCUCCUGGCCCAGCUCAACCUCCUCCGCCAGGAGCGCAUCCUGACCGACGUGCUGCUCUGCACCGAGCACUGGGAGAUCCCAUGCCAUCGCAGCAUCCUGGUCUCCAGCAGCCCCUACUUCAGGGCCAUGUUCUGCAGCAACUUCCUGGAGAGCAGCCAGAGCCGUGUGGACCUCAAGGGCAUCUCCCCCGAUGUCUUGGCGGGCAUCGUGGACUACGUCUACACGGGCUGCAUCACCAUCACCAUGGACAUUGUGCUUCCCCUGAUGCAGGCCGCGUCCAUGUUGCACUACGGCCGCCUUGUGGAAGCCUGCUCACUGUUCCUCCAGAGGCAGCUCAGCCCCGACAACUGCCUGAGCAUGAUCCGCCUGUCGGACAUCCUCCACUGCGAGAGCCUGAGGGACCGGGCCAAGGAGAUGGCCGUGCGCUGCUUCUCUGACGUGGCUGCCACUGAGGACUUCUGCGAGCUGUCCCUGCCCGAGCUCAUGUGCUACCUGGAGGACGACCGCCUGUGUGCCGAGGAGGAGCAGGUGUUCGAGACCCUGCUGGCGUGGAUCCACCACGACCCCUUCUCCCGGCGCGGGGCCAUCCAUGACCUCUUCAAGAAGGUGCGCCUGCGCUACAUCCACCCCACCUACCUGUUCCAGUUCAUCGCCAACGACCCGUUGGUCCAGUCAUCCACCCUCUGCACCGAGAUCAUCGAGUCAGUGCGGCGCCUCAUGCUCUCUGUCAGUACCAGGUGCAGCCGCGAGCUGAAGCCGCUAUGGACCACGCCGCGGCGCUACACCUGCCGGGAGACGCUGGUGGUGGUGGGGGGCCGCAAAAACAACGAGCAGACGUCGCGCGAGGCCCUCCUCUACGACGAGAGGACCCAGCGCUGGCAGUGGCUGGCCAAGCUGCCCCUGCGCCUCUACAAAGCCGCCUACGUGUGUAUCCACAGCAUCCUGUACGUGGUGGGCGGGCUGAGCCUGUGCAUGGCAUCCGGGGACAGCUCAGUGAGUGCCACGGUUUACACACUGUCCCUCAAGACCAACCAGUGGCGGACCGCCGAGCCCAUGUUGCAGCCGCGCUACGCCCACCAAGGUGUGUCCUACCUCCACUUUAUUUUCGUCCUAGGAGGCAUCGGCGUAGACAAGCAGAUUUGCGACUCAUUGGAGAGAUACAACAGUAUGUUCAACCAGUGGGAGGCCAUGGCUCCCAUGCCGACAGCUGUGCUCCAUCCAGCCGUGGCCGCCAGCGAUCAGAAGAUCUUUGUCUUUGGAGGCGAGGAUGCCAUGCAGAACCCAGUGCGGCUGAUUCAGGUGUAUCACAUAUCUCGUAACCUGUGGUCCAGUCUGGAAACACGGACGGUGAAGAAUGUCUGUGCCCCAGCGGCUGUCAUCGAGGACAAGAUCUACAUCGUUGGAGGUGAGCUUUCUCAAAAAGUUUCCUUUAAAAUUGCUAAUCAUUUGACAAUCAACAAGAAACACGACACAACCGGAGACAAACAAAACAUCUUCCACCUCAUCUGCUUUCUCUUCCCAGGGUACACCAGACGGAUGAUCGCCUACGACACUAAAGCCAACAAGUUUGUCAAGUGUGAGAACCUGAAGGAGCGCCGGAUGCACCACAGCGCCACGGUGAUCAACAACAAGCUGUACGUGACGGGCGGCCGCUUCCUCAACAGCCAGGACGUCAUCGAGGACUCGGACUGCUUCGAGAUCUACGACCCCAAGGCUGACGUGUGGGCGUCCAAGGGCUCCCUGCCCUACAAGCUGUUUGACCAUGGCUCUCUGCCUCUGGUGUGUGUAUCCAACAGACCCAAUCCCCCGUGAACUGCGCUCCCCUGCCCUCCGCCCCCUGGCCACCCAUGCUGGUUCACCCGCUGCGCACGUGACCCCACGUCCCCACUGUGCCAUGAUUGAGUGGCACUUUUGGUUACGGAUGGGGGAGAAUCUGUCUUUCGGCUCACUGCGUUCCUUCACGCGGCUUAAAGCACAAGUUAACGACACGCUAGGCUGAGCCGUCCACGGCAUUCUGUAUCAAAAGAGACAAACAUUGGCGGUGAGGCGGUGUCAAUUCAUUUACAGUUUUCCGGGGGGGGGCGGGGCUACCGAUCCCUGAAUCAUUGUGGAUCAGAGUCCAGUCCAAGAGUCCAGUCAGACUUGGAGCUAUCAAGAGCCACAAAUAAUCGGAAAUAGCUCCAACCAAAUAUCACAUUUGGACUUGGAUUAAAUACUCAAAUCAUUCAUGCUUAUAUUUGCUAUUAUUAUUAUUAUUAUUAUUAUUAUUAUUGUAUUCUAUAUUUCGCAAUGGUGGAUACCAUUGAGACAUUAUUAAACAGCGGGGUUUUCAGAAUAAGUUGACAUUCAGGUUUUAGGUCUGAACUAUGUUGUUCAGUGACACAUUGUAUUUCAUUCCUCAAAUGAUUUCAGUGGUAGUCAACUGCUAGGAGAGGCUAGCUGUUCUGUACACUAGACUAUCUAAGCUGCUGGGGGUGGGGAACUACUUUAAAAAAAACAUAGAAAUUCAGUUUCACAGCACAUUUUCAGCUGACCCCCAGGCUCUCACUGCUCAGUGUUAUGUGACACGCGUCGAAGUGCGCUCGACGCUAUUAAAGCACACUUGUGUUAGGUUCUCGAUUAAAGGGCCACAAUGAGAGAGCUCAAAUGGUGCUCGUUUGUUUAUCGGGGAUCACAUCCUGUCCCUCACUUACUCACAGCCCCAUCAAACAAUAGCAGGAAUGAGCCUGAAAGGAGUGCUAUAAUGCGUAUAGUUUAAUGAAUUAUUAAUGAAAAGCCAUUAGAGGGGGUAAUCGGUGCCUCAAGACAAAAGAGCAUAAAGCACAUAUAACUCUAAAGCACACUAGAAGUCUCUGCUACUGACCCUUUUCCGACCCCUUGGAUAGAGACAUCCACUUAUCCAUUCUCUGUCCGCCACAAUUAUCGCCAUAGCGACACGUUUUGUCACACAUAAUAAGAUCAAAAUUCAGAUUUGGGUAAUAAGUUAUUCAUUGCUUAUAUCAUUAUACUUUAUUGGCCAAGAACGUUACGACGCAAAAAACGUUGCACAUAACACAUCAUUUAAUUUAGCUUGAUGUCAAUACACAAAAUUAUAAAUUUCGGUAAUGCUGGUAUUUGGUACGUACACACAUUAUGAGAGUGUCCCAAUGUGUGAGACCCUUCACCUCGCGCAGAAUGCUUGGUUCAUGAAGUAUGUUGGGAGGAGAGGAGCGACAGAUCGAGUUACCAAGAUCUCCCUGGAGAGCUAAUAUGGUGUGUGUGUGUGUGUGUGUGUGUGUGUGUGUGUGUGUGUGUGUGUGUGUGUGUGUGUGUGUGUGUGUGUGUGUGUGUGUGUGUGUGUCCCAUGCCCCCAAAGGCCUCAUCAAAUAAUUUACUGGAGGUAAAGUAUUUGAUCCAUGCGCUGCUAAAUUGCCCCAAGCUCCGGUCUGAGGCGACGUCUGCAGUAUGGGUCCAGCGCCGCUGAGACGCGCCUUUCAUUGAGGAUUUAGCAGUGGCUUACGUAACACUCGGUGCCAAUGAAAGCAUUUAGCCUAGAAUACUCCAUAUUUUUUUAUUAAUGAUGCUGUUGAUAAAUUCCGUUUUUAGCCUGGUUGUUCAUGUGUGCUGUAACGUAGGCCAGUGAGGGUCACCACCAGUCAGGGAGGCCAGAAUGUCGCUUGGUUAUUUGCAGUGCUUGCGGUCACUAACAUUAAGUAGGACAGCAUUUAUAGACGUGUACGGUAGAUCCACAUUCGUAGACUAAAGGAUUGAAAACGAAAUCUUUACAGAAAAUUGGUAAGAUUACAAUUUUGGGCUGAAAUAGGAAUAAUUACUUAGUGCAGGCCUAAGGAAUAGUAGGUGCAAAUAUUGUAAUACAUGAUGGCAAGUUAUUCCCAAAUGUUGCGCAAAAAGUGUACAUCGUCGACAGCAGACAAUAGGUUGUGCAAUAUUAAUGUGAACCACCCGAUGGCGACAUAAACCGUGUUUUCCCAUAGGGGAAGUAGAAAAGAUGAAUUAAUUUCAGAAUUUUCUAUUUUCUAAACUGUACAGAACUUCACAAUUGUGUACAUCGAAAUUAUUUUUAUUACAAUUAAAUUCAUUAAGAAACAUUCUGCAUGCACACCAUUCCCUGCAGGCGGUUGAUAAAUCAAAUAAUUAAUGGAAGCAGCAGCAUCUUGUCAACAGGCUGAUUAGUAUGGUCUAAUCCAGGAACAAAAGGUCACAUAACAAAAUUAAUUCCAUCAAUAAAAUGACUUUCAAAGUGUAUGAAAAUAGUAAAGGGGAUUCGAUAUGCUGAUUUAUUUCCAUUGCCGACUUGAGUCAGUUAAAUUAAAUUCUACAUUCAGAAAUGGCACUGUGGAUUUCAAGAGAAGAAAAGAAACAUAAAAUAUGCAUGAAGAUAUUACGCAUGAAACGACAAAAUGGUCAAGUAAAAAGGGCCAAUUAAAUUAUAUCUUUAAGUUCAAACAACAUAGAAAAAACAUUGACAAACUAAAUAAAAAUAAUACUAUUGGUUGAAACAAACUACACAAAGAACACAUCAGGAUUUAAAACCAUUACUUGGGAUACAUAAUACAACAUUCCCAAGUCCAACUCCAGUCAUCAAUAAACUCUGUUUACAAUGGUCUUACGAAGCCUGCAAUCCCUCAACCUUUCAAGUGCCAGCCAGGAACUAGACUUUACAUGGCAGAUUUAUACUUUCAUUGCAUCAACUUAAAUUAAUCAGGCAAGGCUCCUAACGGGUUUGUCAAAAUGCUUCUAUACAUGUUUCAUAUGUACACCUGUAUGUCCUCACUCUGCAGCACUCAUAUUGCCCCGCGUGGAGGAGAUGCCCCCUCACACCGCAGAACCCCCUCCUCAUUGUCCCCAACCUUUAAACUAUUUACAAUAGAUCCGUAAUUACAAAUUACAUACAAGAUAAAGUCGGUUUGGCACUUCAUUUAAAUGUACAUUAUCGGUGUUUAAACAUCCAACCUCAGAGCAUAUGACGUCCACUUUUUCUUACAAGGGCUGGUGUCGAGAGCUAUAAGAGCAAAAACAAUAAAUUAAAAAAAAACUUUAAUAUUUGGUAUGAUAUUGGAAAAAUAGAGGGGUCCGGGGGGAGACAGGACCUAACCAGAGGAAAUAGAGUGCAUUUUGUAUCUAUUGAUUGAUUUUCCUGAGAGCUCGCAGUUAAUUUAAGAAACUAUAUACAGCGGACAUCUUGGGCCUUCAUACAGAUGUUUUAAUCAUCCCUAAAGCGUGACUGAAAGAUGAAUGACUCGCUGAAAUAUCUUAAGUUCAGUUCAUUGGGUAAUGUAUUUUGAGGCGAGUUGAGAGACAAACAAGUAAACCAACCACGGUCACCGGGCAACAACAGCUCCUGAAUAUUUCCAGUCUGAAAACAGUGCCUCACGUCUCGACGUCCAUCCACCACCGGGGGUCCACUAGUCCUGAGAGGGGGGGACAGGGAGAGGGCGCUCUUCUCUCUUUCCUGGUUCUUGAAACACUCCAAUCCCAGUGAAGGUCUUCUGAGGCUUGUGUCUCCAGGGAAAGGAUUACAAAUGAAGGGCGACAGGGGAGAGGAGCCAGGCCUAGACCUCGUUGAUGGUGCGCUCGGCGGGCCUGAAGUCCGUGGACUUGGCCGAGGAGAGGUAGAAGGACUGCGUCUUGCGGUUGAGACGGGCGCGCUUGGUGGCCACCGAAAGGCUGCGCCGGCUGGAGGAGAUGAUCUCCGUGAUGAACUUCUUGCAGUCCACGCACACCUCCAUGGUGGCCCAGUCCUCCGUCAGCUCCCUGGGGAGCUCCGGCUCCUCCAGCGACCGCCCCUCCCUGCUGCUCUGCUUGGAUAGCCUGGAGGGGAACAGGGGGUGAAUCGCCUUCAACUGGGGGAAAACCACUGAAGGCCGCCACGCAAGCGGCAGAGUCGCAGCGGACAUCUGUUUACAUUUUAUGUACUCCUCAAUGUUGUCUAUAUUUAUCAUAUCACCUCGCUGAGUCAUGUCAUAUUUAAUAGAAACAUGCCUUUGCUCAUUUCCAAAUGAUUUGGAGUGAUCACUAAAUCAACAAUUGGAUGAACUGAUCCUACAGUGAAUAUCUAGAGGGAGUCUACUUCAGCGCAGUCACCUGCCAUAAUCGUCUAAUAUAGAAUCAUAGUAAACGUUAACACACUAAAGAUAGCUUCCGUCUUAUAUGGGCAUCAUAUAUUGCCAGUUGCAUUCUCCUAAAUGUACAAACUCUCAGGGACAUACUUGGACACGGUCCUGCGGAGACUGUGGCGGUUGUGUCCGGACCCAAAGGGCGUUCUGUCUGACUGGGAGGAGGAGGAGGGUGCGGCUCCACUGGCGUCCUCCUUGGACAUGGCACUAGGACCCAGCGAGUAGAUGGGGAGGGUGCAGUAGGGCUUGGAUGGCAAACGCAUCUAGAAGAGGAGAGCGUAACAGUGAUGAGGUCCAACAGCCCUGACGUUAGUGCUACACAGGGUGUUGGUGAGACACCUACCUUUCUACAGCACUGGGAGCACACCGGCCUGAACAGAGUCAAAAUGGAGGCAUUAUCAUUGAUGUUAAUGAACUUCUGGGAAAAAAAAUCGUGAUCAUUUUUAAAGAAAGUUUGUUUUGCAAAAAAAAAAUAAUUACCGUUUGCAAAAUUGGCAGUUGUAGGACCAGGUGAACAAGGAGAACCUCUUGGUCCGACACGAGAAGCAAAGCUGAUGCAGAAAAAUGAAAAUCCUUUUCAACCAACCAUUUCAUUCCAGGACUGCAGACACACGCUAUGUUUGAAGUGUGAUGGUCUCCCUAUUUAAAACGUGGGCCGGUACCUUUCCCUUCUUCAGCGCCGUGUAGAUCUCCUUGUACUGCUGGAACUUCUCCAGCUCUGCCUUGACCAGCACCUGUCUGAUGUGCAUCACCUCCUCCACCGUGAGGGCAAGACACUCCACCGGGAAGCCAA